GAUUAAGAAAAUGAGGUCUUACUAAUCACGGAAGGAAAUAUCUAUCGGAAACUCAAUCUUAACGAUGUCUAUACAAAGAAGUUAUAUAAAUGAAGACACUCCGUUACUGGUUAAAGAUGUUGUUAUCAUAGUACAACCGAGAAGAGGAUCAUCAUGGUAUGCUUCCGUAUUCUUGGUUGUGAAUGCUGCUCUUGGGGCAGGACUCCUCAACUUUCCAGAUGCCUAUCAACAAGCAGGCGGAGUUUUAAUUGCUGUUUUAAUUCAGGCUAUUCUUUUGGUGUUUGUGGUGUGUGCAAUAAUGAUCUUGGCAUAUUGCUCUGAUAUCAACAAAAGUCUCACUUAUCAAGAUGUUGUUGCAUCUGUUUGUGGAAAGAAUGCACAAAGAUUGUGUGCAUUUACCAUUAUGACAUAUUGUUUUGGAACUUGUAUAACAUUCCUUAUCAUCAUUGGUGACCAGUGGGAAGAAUUUUUCCUUUUUUCUGCUCAUGACUGGUAUUGUAAUCACAGUCCAUGGUACAUGGAUCGUAUAACGACCAUUUGUGUGUCUUCAGCCCUUCUCAUUCUUCCUUUAUGUUUCCCAAAGAGGAUAGACUUUCUAAAAUAUGCGAGUGUUAUAGGAGUAAUUGGUAUACUUUAUGUUGUUGCUCUUGUGACAAUAAAAUAUUUCCGACCUCACCCUGAACCAGGACCAAUUGCUACCAGGCCUCUACACUGGGAGGAUGUUUUCCUGGUUGUCCCUACUAUUUGUUUUUCCUAUCAGUGUCAUGUCAGUAUUAUUCCAAUCUAUUCGUGCAUGGAGAAUCGAAGCCUGCGAGAAUUCUCUAAGACAGUGGCUGUUGCUAUGUUUUUGUGUGUUCUAAACUACACAGGAACUGCUGCUUUUGGUUAUUUGACUUUUGGCAAUAUGAUCACCACAGACAUCCUGUUGUCAUAUGACCCUGAUGCAUCAGUCAUUAUAGCUGUUCUGUUGAUAGCCAUCAAGACCUAUACAACAUACCCCAUUCUUCUAUUUUGUGGCAGGGCUGCUUUUGAUUGUCUAUGGAGAGACUUCUUUAAAAUGAGUCCAGAACGAAUUGAACAGACAGAAUUUAAGCACCGUAUAACAGUCACCAUUAUCUGGUUUGUCCUAACAUUGGCUCUGGCCGUCUUUAUACCAAACAUAGGAGUUGUCAUACAGAUUCUAGGAGCAUUUGCUGCCAUCUUUAUUUUUAUAUUUCCAGGAAUGUGUGUUUUGUCAGCUGUACAGAAGAAGGUCAGAGAUCAAGGUCACUGGACCACAAAGUUCAAGGCUAUAACAGCAUUUUCUUUUGCCUUCAUUGUGUUAGGAACUUUUAUUUUUGGGCUAACUCUGUCUCAAUCUAUAAUUCAAGAUGAGCAUGGCGUCAAGGGAGACAAGUCUCGCUAUACCUGUUGAUUCAUGCAUUGAUAGUGAUUGAUGAUGUAGAAAUUUCUACAAUCCAAUGUUGUUUCUAAUAUUUAAUCACUGUGUAAGUUUAAAUGGAAUUUUAAGUGUUUUUUGUCUCCACUGGGUGAAUGUUUACCAUCAAGAAAUGCUUUAUGGAGUUUAUGUGCCAAAAUACAUAAAUGUACAUGUAUGUAUUAUUGAAUUUUCUUUUUCAGAUUCUUUUAAUUUGAACUGUGACAUUACAUGUACAUAUUUGAAUUGAUUUCAUUCAGGCAUAUUUUACUUUUGCAUUACAGUUUGUUUUGUCCCAAGAUAAU